AAUGUUUCUAAUAGUUUUAAUGAUGCUAAUGCUUCUUCUGUUAUUAAAGCUGUAAAUAUUUAUUAUGCUUUUAAUAAUUCAAAUACUUCUAAUGCUGCUAAUGCUUCUACUAAUUGUAAUGCUGCAAAUAUUUUUAAUGCUUUUAAUGUUUUUAAUAGUUCUAAUGCUGCUAAUGCUUCUAAUGUUCUUAGUGCCUUAAAUAAUUUUAACUCUUCUACUGCUUUUAACGUUUCUAAUAGUUCUAAUACUGCUAAUGCUUCUAAUGUUUUUAAUGCUUUUAAUGUUUCUAAUAUUUCUAAUGUUGCUAAUGGUUCCAUUGUUUUUUAUGCUUCAAAUAUUUUUAAUGUUUCUAAUAGUUCUAAUGCUGCUAAUGCUUCUAAUGUUUUAGUGAUAAGAAUAAAUUGAAUGAUUCUGCUUCUUUUAAUGUUUCUAAUAAUUCUAAUGCUUCUAAUGUUUUAAGUGUUGCAAAUAAUUUUAAUGCUUCUGCUUCUUUUAAUAUUUUUAAUAGUUCUAAUGCUGUUAAUGUUUCUACUGUUUUUAAUGCUUUUAAUGUUUCUAAUAGUUCUCAUGCUGUUAAUGUUUCUCCUGUUUUUAAUGUUUCUAAUAGUUCUAAUGCUGAAAGCUUUUAAUAUUUAUAAUUCUUUUAAUGAUUCUGUUGUUUUUAAUGCUUCUAAUGAUUCUAAUGCAUCUACUGCUUUUAAAUCUUGUAAUCUUUCAAAUGCUUCAAAAGUACAAAAAAGCAAAAGAUUUGCAACAGAAAUAUUUCGUGCAAUCAAUUUCUAUCUCUUCUCUACAUAUCUAACAAUUCAGAAUCGAUAAACAAUCUAACAGACCAGGAAACGCCUUCGAUAAGAAAACACAAACAUGUUUCGAUAACAAAACUAUAGCAUUUUUCUAAUAACCAACUCCAAACACAAAAUCACAUCUAAUUUUCCCCCCCAACAAAAAUUAAACCAAUUAAAAUCCAAAUUACAGAGAACGAAAAGCAGUAAUUAAAAAAAAAUUGAAAUGACAAACCACCAAUGAUCACAGACGGGAAAUUACCACACAAACCAACCCAAAUGGGAAAACAGAACAAUGUUCGUAAAAUGAGUACAAUGCCGGAAGAAGACGGUUCCGAUGAGGCAGAACCGGAUGUAAUUAGAACCCAACAACAACAUCAACAACAAGAUCAAGAUUCCGAUUCCCCCGAGGAACAAGUACGUCUAUUAAUUCCAACAAAAAAAAUUCAACUAACCCCAACACAACAAUUCGUUUCAACAUCAAUUGCAACACCAUCAGGAAAUGGAGUUAAGAGAUCAAGCAGUGGCAAUAGUAGUACCGACAGUGUUCACGAGAAAUUAUCAUCGUCACGUGGUUUGCAGUCGAAUAAAUUGGACACGGGGUCCAGGGAGAUUUCGAUAGUGCAGAGCGGUAGGAUCAGUCGUGGAAUGGAACUCUAUGGCACACGACACAAUAGAUAUCCAAGUAUGAGAUCAUUAAAGUCAAAUUUAACUGACGAUCUACAGCAGCAGCAGCAGCAUCAUCAGCUUCAUCAACAACAUUAUCUUCAACAACAGCAAUUACAACAAUUACAAUCACCACCGGCGACAAGUUGGGCGUCGAUUGUCUUUGAUGGUGGACAUUAUGGAAGACCAUUUCCUGAUUCGGUGUCAAUUCGCUCUCUAGCAUCAAUUGGUAUGGGCUCGUCCGAUGGGAGGAAACUCACUAUAAGAAGAGUGCCUACUUCGCCAUCCGAGUUGCUUAACAUGGUACAUCCGCCGACUCCAGUGGAUGACGAUCUCUCGACGUGCAGCACCUAUGACGAUGGAGAUGCUGCCGAUCCGGAAGACUAUCGACAACCAAAAAGGCCUCAUUGGGAGAAUAAAGUGCAAUUUGUUCUCGCCUGCAUAGGCUAUUCAGUGGGCCUCGGCAACGUGUGGAGGUUUCCCUACCUUUGCUACAAAAGUGGUGGAGGUGUUUUUCUAGUACCUUAUUUUUUAAUACUCAUAGUAUGUGGAGUGCCAUUGUUGUACAUGGAACUCGCAAUAGGUCAAUUUACUCGUCGAGGGCCAAUCGGUGCUCUCGGACAAAUGUGCCCCCUCUUAAAAGGAGCUGGUUUGUCGUCUGUGGUGAUAUCGUUUUUGAUGUCAACAUAUCAUAACGUGAUAAUAGCGUACGCAAUUUAUUAUUUUUUUACUGCAUUCAAAACCGAUCAGCCGUGGUCAGAUUGCGACAAUUUAUGGAAUACUGAACGCUGUUGGUCGGCGGCACUCAAUAAGGAGAAUCGUUCUACAUUCACCAUGUCGAAAACACCGUCCGAAGAAUUUUUCGACAAUAAAGUACUGCAAAUUAGUGAGGGUAUUGAGCAUCCAGGAAUCGUGAGAUGGGAAUUGGCAGCGUGCUUAGUCACCGCCUGGGUAAUGGUUUACUUUUCGAUAUGGAAAUCAAUCAAAUCGUCGGGAAAAGUUAGAUAUUUAACGGCGACACUACCAUUUUUUUUGAUAAUUGUCGUUCUAUUCAGGGCAAUUACACUCGAGGGCGCCGAAAAGGGUUUGCAAUUUUUCUUCAAAGUCGAAUGGUAUCGAUUACUGGACUCCAAGGUUUGGGUGCACGCGGCCGCACAAAUAUUCAAUUCAGUUGGAGUGGGUUUUGGAACGAUGAUCUGCUUCGCUAGUUACAAUAAAUUUCACAAUAAUAUUUUUCUAGACACAUUGUCCGUGUCUUUAAUUGACGCCUUUACUAGUCUACUUGUGGGCAUUUUCACAUUCGCCACAAUUGGAAAUAUUGCUUAUGAACAAAACACUUCCGUCCAGGCGGUUCUCACCGACGGGCCUGGCCUAGUAUUCGUUGUUUAUCCAGAAGCACUAGCAAAAAUGCCAGCGUCACAAAUUUGGGCUGUUCUCUUUUUCUUUAUGCUGGUCUGUCUCUCUCUCAAUAGUCAAUUCGCAAUUGUCGAGGUGGUUGUCACUUCUAUUCAAGAUGGAUUUCCAAAUUAUGUGAAAAGACAUCUUCUUAGUCAUGAAAUGCUGGUACUACUCGUCUGUGUUGUUUCAUUUCUUCUUGGCUUGCCCAACGUCACACAGGGUGGAAUUUACUUUUUUCAACUAAUCGACCACUACUCCGCCUCAAUAUCAAUAAUGUUCAUCAUAUUCUUUGAAGUUAUCGCCGUUUCAUGGUUUUACGGAGUUGGAAGAUUUUCCAAUAAUAUUAAAGAAAUGUUUGGACGUGUUCCGUCGAUUUAUUUUCGAUUUUGUUGGUUAAUAGCGAGUCCACUUCUCAUAAUGGCUGUUUGGGUGUUUAGUUUAAUUGAUUACGAACCGCCGACUUAUCAUAAAGGGGAAUAUAAAUAUCCGUGGUGGGCGGAAGCAGUUGGAUGGGGAAUUGCUUCGCUUUCUUUAGUUUGUAUCCCUGCAUUUGCUGUUUAUGUUUUAAUUCAAGCGGAGGGGAAAACCUUCUCUGAGAAAUUGAAGAGUUCACUGAAACCACACUUCGAAGCGUGUUCAAUUUGCGGCCAAGAAUAUUGUUCCGAACCACUUCAUUCUUUCGAGGAGGAACUUUUAAAGGAACCAAUUCACGAAAUGAAUAGUCUCAUUCAAACAAAUUCCAAUUAUCCAACGACGAAAAUUCAAAAUCAAUGACAAUAGUAGUAAAUUAUUUUUUAAAAAAUUAAUAUUUUAACUGUAAAUAUUUUUUUUAAAAAGACCAUUUUUUUAUUUUUUUUUUCAAAAUGGCAAUUUUUUUCUG